AUGUCUGGAAGACCAGAGAAAGGAAUUUACGGUAAUGAGGAGGGCCAAGCGUCUGCUGUGCCACAGGGAGAUUCUCGGAAGAGAGCGAGGUUGGACCUUGAGGGUGACACAGAUCAGCCCGCUGCGACUCUCAUAAGAGUGGAGAAAGCGCAACUACAGUGGACCAUGUGCAGCACCGUGAGGGACAUCCUGCUGGACGGAGAGACCGACAUUUCCAAGAUGAAGUUGAAUGAUUUUCUUCGGAAGUAUUUUGGCUCUAGGGAAGCCGUUGAAGAAGAACAGAAUUUGGAGAUGUGGGAUUUUUUGAAGAGCCCCGAUGCCUACAUAAAAGACCAGCAGCUGCUUGAAGAAAUUUCUAAUUUAAAGGAUUAUAAGCUUUUAACAGAUAGGCGUAAGCUUGCAGAAGGGGGUGUGCACUAUCUCGAACAUUGGAGGGACUUUAAAGAGAAGGAUAUUGUCACUCCCCUUACAAGGAAAAAACUUAACGAUGCCCUCACUCAGAUACAGAAAGAAGUAGCAAGGUGGGAGGCAGAAGAAAGGGCGAAGCGGAGGGCAGAAGAAGAUGUGAGGCAGGAUACUGAAGAAAAGACAACCAAGAUGGAGGGAUUCUACGAGUCUGUGUACGAUGCGAAGUGGGGCCAUGUCUUGGGGUUUUAUGACGAUAAGAUUUGGGAGGACCGAAUGGAGGUACAUGAGGGAAAACCACCGCAGUCAUGGACGUACAAGAAGGAAGGUCUAACUUUCGAAAAGGAUGACGGUGUGGAGCAAUUCAGCCCACCACGUCCCAGGCUGAUGGUGCUCACCUCGGACAAGGGAUGGCCGUACUCGUGGAGGGAGAAUAAACCCAUUGUUGACUGUUAUGUGAACUGUGAGGUGGAUCGAGUGUGGCAGAUUGUUGAGCGUGAUCUA